CUCUGUGUGUUGAUCUUCCUUUAUUUUUACGAACAUUCAUCACCAUCAAAAAUUCGCAGCCUCAUCAACCAUCAUGGUCACAACCAGUGUCUAUAAAUAUAAUCCCCAAAUGUACCAUGUUUCCACGCACUCACACCAACAUAUUGUGUCUGAAGUUAGUUAUUACAGCAUCAAGAAAACACACUAUAAUCCGAGCUGCCUUCAUCAUUAAAUUAAUCCUAAUCCAUGGACGAAUCACCGUCACCACCAUCCUCGUCUCACGAAGUCGAACUCCCCGGGUUCCGCUUCCACCCCACCGAGGAGGAGCUUCUCAACUUCUACCUCCGGCGAAUGCUCUCCGGCAACAAACUCCACGGAGACGUCAUCGGCUUUCUCAACAUCUACAAGCAUCAUCCUAGAGAAUUGCCAGGUCUGGCAAGAAUCAAUGGAGAGAGAGAAUGGUACUUUUUGGUGCCUCGAGAGAGGAAGCACGGAAGCGGCGGGAGGCCUAACCGGACCACAGAAAACGGAUUCUGGAAGGCGACCGGCUCUGAUAGAAAAAUCCUGAGCUCGUGCGAUCCGAGGAAGGUGUCGGGAGUGAAGAAAACACUUGUUUUCUACGAGGGGAGGGCGCCGCGUGGGAGAAAGACUGAUUGGGUUAUGAACGAGUUCCGUUUGCCAGAUGCCUGCACCUUACCACAGGAGAUUGUGUUGUGCAAGAUAUACCGGAAGGCGACGCCGUUGAAGGUGCUGGAGCAGAGGGCCGCCAUGGAAGAGGAGAGCAAGACCGAUACUUCCCCAACUCCGUCAUCGGAUUUUUUCCAUGUUUUCCGAUUUCGAGGAUGUGAAGCUCGAAGGGUGGAGCUGCAACACCGCCUUGAACAUGGACUGGAGCCUCAACCAAGACAUUUUGUGGCCACUCGACAUUCUCACACCCAAUUUCAUGCCACUCUGUUGAAUCUAUUUCUGUAAUUCUUCUAUAUAUAAUUUGAUAAAAUAUGCAGAGAUACUAGAAUGGUAUAGUGUUGCAAUAACAAAAACAUAAGGUCGAGGUUCGAUUGAAGGUCGGGCUACUAACUAUAGAGGGGAUCGGACCUAACUCAGGCUCAUGAACAGACAAGAACUUCAAACAUUAGUGUUGGGGCUGCUGCCCCGACUCUCCUUUAAAUAUCUCCAUCACAGGGGUCAAGGUUGAGCACGAGCACGAGCACGAGCCCGGUUAGAUUGAUCCCCUCGUUAUCUUAGCAAGAGCAACAUCAACCUUCUAUCCCCCGCCUUAAUGCCCUUGCAUAGGUCACAGGCUCGCGCAACCGAGCCCGGCAAUUUUCUCAACUUCGUUUUUCAUUUAUAAAUAAGCUUAGACUUCUCCCUGUUUUCGACGUGGGACAAGUUUGGGUACAUUAAAAUUGAAUAUAUUAUGAUAAA